GCUCUCGCAGGGCUCUUGCAUCGACCUUCUCUCUCUAUCUCUGUCUCUCUGUGGGUGAGUCUCUGCAUCUCACCUUUUGCAUCCAUGGACUACGAGAGGAUUCACAAAGUUCAGUUAGGAAUUAUCUCUCCCACUAAACUAAGGAUGAAAAUUCUCGGAGCUCAACAUAUCAAAAGAAAGGAAGAGGGAUGUUCCUCAAGAGCUUCCCCAUCCAAGCUUGAGGACACAGAGUUUGCUAAGAGAAAUUUACUGGCUGAUGAUCUUGAUGAUGAAGUUGGCUCUAAGGAUUCUACAAUCUCUUCCAUUAACACUAGGUCUCAUAAAACUCAGUUUUGUUUCAAAGAACCCUCGCGAAAUGGUGAAGGCUUUCAAAACCAGUCUUCUUCUUCAAAUUCUUUUUUUAAAGGAGUUUCUGAGACAAAAUAUACAAAAAACCAGAAUAAUAGUUGUAAUUCUUCUUAUCAACCCAAACUUGGAAACAACUGCUGCACAGUGCACCCUAUGAAGCAGCAGGAAGUAGAUGAUAUUGCUUGUGACAGUGGCCAUGAGAGUGCAAGCACUUCGGCUUUUGAGUUCCAUCGAGCAGGAAAAGUUUCCCAACAUCCAGCUAUUGGUCCUUUCUCUAGGCAUAUUCCAUCGAAAUGGAAUGAUGCAGAAAAAUGGCUUGUUAAUAGGCAAGCAGUGCAGGAAAAUGAAUCGAAGAAGAAUUCAGUGCAGUAUCAGUGCAAUAGGUUGGUAAAUUCCAGCGGGGCAAGGAUUGCUCCAGAAUCAAUUCUUAUGGAUCAGAAGCCUUUUGGGAUUCAGCAAUCAGCCAGCAAUUUUAAUCCACAAAAUAUGGCAGAAAAGUUUUCAUUUGUUUCUGAGGGAUUGCAUGCGAUUUCAGCUUCAUCAAAUGAUGCAAAUUGUUUGGCAUAUCCUUCUCAAGAUAGUGGUGAUUUUGUCAGUUUCGGUCAACUUCCGAAGGAUUUGAAUCAUGAAAAAUUAUUAGUUCCGGAGAGUUUUCCUUCUGAAACUGCAGACAUUUCUGACAAACAGCUGGUAUCAAUGAGAGAUGUAGGCACAGAGAUGACUCCAUUUCCAAGUCAGGAGCCAUCAAGAACAGCAACACCUAUUGAAAAUUUAACACCUAGCCGUAGCCCAUUAUCUUCAAUCCCCACAUCUCCAAGAAUUAGAUCAGUAGAAAUGGAUAUGAGUUCCCCCACUACUAAGAAUGAAAAGGAUUAUCAGAAAGAUGGUAAAAAGGUGGAAUUUUCUGAAAGGGAAUUGCAGCUGAAAACUAGACAAGAAAUUGCAGCGCUUGGCUUACAGCUUGGUAAACUGAACAUAGCCUCCUGGGCUAGCAAAGAGACAGAGCAUAAUUCUCAUUUUAAUAAAAAAAUUGAUGAGGAAGAACCUGAGAAGCUGGAUUAUCAAGUUUGUGCUGCAGCUUGGGAAGAAGCUGAGAAAUCUAAGUACUUGUCCAGAUAUAAACGAGAUGAAAUCAAGAUUCAAGUAUGGGAAAGCCACCAAAGAGCAAAACAUGAGGCUAGAAUGAGAAAAGUAGAGAUCCGAGCCGUAAACAUGAGAUCUCGUGCAGAGGCGGCCAUGGCAGAGAAACUUCGAGCAACAGAGCGAAGGGCGGAGGAGAAACGAGCCAAUGCUGAGGCCACGUUGAACUCACAAACAGCGAGGAUAUCUCGCCAGGCGGAACGGAUACGACAAUCCGGUCGAAUUCCAUCUCAUUUUAGAUGCUGCUGUUGGUUUCUUUAAAGCUCAGUAAAGAACUCUGCGAGUCAGAUUGAAGAGAGUGGUGUGUAGUAUUCACCCUUAUAGAAGACCAGCCUAGAAUGCUCAUCGUUCAAUUUUUUUCUCAUUUUGGUUUAAUCUUGUACUCCAUUAGUGCACUUAUGAGCUUCGUGAGUUGUUUAUAAGGUUAUCAGAGGAAAAGGGUUGUAGUUUUGAAACUCCUGUGUAUGUUAAAAGUAAAUCAGUGUAAAAAUUGAAUUUUUAUUUUUCGUCAUUGAAACUUUACAUAAGACAUUGUUUGAGUAUUGGACCUUAUUUAGUGUCCUAUUGGUAAACAAAGUCUCUGGGCUUACUUGUAAAACAUUGUAAUGCCUUACUUAAGCCCGUGUUAUAAAUGUACGGAUGAAA